AUGUUGAGAUUUACUUCUAAGAAAGCGCUAGCACGUUCUGUGGGUAUUAUAACCCCAAAGGGGCCCGUCCGCAGUUUUGGCUCGACCGGGUUUGUUGCCUCGUCUAAGAAUUCUGCGGCCUACAUUGCAGAGAGGGAUCCGUUCACUGUCACGACAUACUCUCGCCCAAACAUUGUUUUCGAGAAAGGAAAGGAGUGUUACUUGUGGGAUAUUGAAGGCAAUCGCUACAUCGACUUCUCGGCUGGAAUUGCCGUGACUGCGUUGGGUCAUUCGCACCCAGGCGUCGCUAAGAUCCUCUGUGACCAAUCGCAGACUCUGGUGCAUUCCUCGAACCUUUUCCACAAUCUGUACACCGGUGAGCUUUCCAAGAAUCUGGUAGAAGCCACCAAAGAGUCGGGGGCAAUGCACAAUGCUGCCAGAGUGUUCUUGGCCAAUUCUGGAACAGAGGCCAACGAAGCUGCUCUCAAGUUCGCCAGAAAGCAUGGGACUCAGAUCUCGGCGGAUAAGAUCGAGUUUAUUACUUUUGAAAAGGCCUUCCAUGGAAGGUCAAUGGGAGCCUUGUCUGUGACUCCAAACCCCAAAUAUCAAGGCCCUUUUUCGCCCUUGGUGCCUGGUGUCAAGGUUGCCAAACCGGACGAUAUAAAGUCUGUGGAGGCCUUGAUCAGCGACAAAACUUGUGGUGUGAUUCUGGAGCCAAUUCAGGGAGAAGGUGGUGUUAGACCAAUGGACAAGGACUUUUUGCUCAAGGUUCGCGAACUGUGCACCAAGCACAAGGCGCUGUUGAUCUACGACGAGAUCCAGUGCGGUCUGGGUAGAACCGGUUCUCUGUGGGCACAUGGAAAAUUGCCAAAAGAGGCGCAUCCGGACAUCCUUACCAUGGCUAAGGCCCUUGGAAAUGGAUAUCCAAUUGCUGCUACUAUGAUUACCGAGGAUGUUGAGGCUGCCCUCCAGGUUGGAGAUCACGGCACCACAUACGGUGGUAACCCUCUCGGGGCCAGAGUCGGAGCUUAUGUUCUGGAGCAGGUUAAGCAGAAGGACUUCUUGGAGAAGGUCGAGCAGAAAUCCGAGCUUUUCAAAGUGAAGUUGAACGAAUUGCGCGAAAAGUUCCCCGAGAACAUCAAGGAAGUCAGAGGUGAAGGCUUGCUGCUGGGUCUUGAGUUCACCUCAGACCCCACUAAGAUCACGGAAUUGGCCAGAGAUAAGGGCCUGAUUGUGAUCACCGCUGGUGGAAACGUGAUUCGUUUCGUCCCAGCACUGAACAUUGCAGACGAUGUCAUCAUUGAAGGGUUGAAGGUGCUGGAGGAGGCCAUAGAGGAGGCAUUCAAAUGA